GUAAUUAAAUAUCGAUCUUAUAUAAUUUAAUUUAAUAAUUAUUAUGAAAUAUCGCUAAUUAUUUACAAGAUCUUUACUUAUAGAUGAUACUAGCUAGACACCUAAUGAUUAAUAGCAAUGAUGCCACGCAUAAUCUUGGAUAAGAGCAAAAUCAAUGUUUUAAUACUUCAAUUUUCCAAGAAAGUCAGCAAAACAGAGAAUUUACUAGCUAUUACACUUUUACAGUUGUACCCAGCCAAAAAAAAAAUGCUAUUAGACUUGUGAGUGGGACUCAAUAUUUGGAUCAUAAUAUAUCUUUGUGCUACAAACAUCCGAAACAUGAUGUUUCCAAUUUUAAUUUUUUGUUAUAAUGAUCUUUCCAGUUUCAUGAAAAUAAAAAUUAAAAACAUAUGUGGCAUGCAUUAACAUAAAAUGGAAAAACAUAAGUGUAGUGUUACAAAAUUAAUUCCCCUGACUCAAUCGUGACUCAUCAAAAUUUUGCCCGCCAACCAAAGUAGAAAACAAUUGGAUACAUAGUGAGUUUGGAAGAGACGAGCUUUGCAUUUGCAAUUGCAAUUAAAGAAAGUCGACAAAGCAAAGUUGUUUACUCCUCUCCAAUCGGCCGUUACCUUCCCCAGACAAACACCACUCCACUCCACUCCCUAAAUCCCUGCUUUUUUAUACGCCUAUAAAACUCCUUUCUUCUGCUACACAUUUGAUUUGCACAAAUACUUAGAUUACAACACAACACUCUCAUCCUCUCUGCUCCCUCCCAUGGCUCAUUCCCAUCCCGAUUCGCAAACUCCCCAAACCCUUAUCGACACUAAUGUUCUCGUCGCGAAAUCCCUUGCUCGAUUUGGCAUCGACCGCAUGUUCGGUGUGGUGGGCAUCCCCGUAACCUCGCUGGCUAACCGGGCCGUAGCGCAUGGCGUUCGAUUUAUCGCAUUUCACAAUGAGCAGUCUGCUGGGUACGCGGCCUCCGCUUACGGCUAUCUCAGUGGCCGGCCCGGUGUUCUUCUCACCGUCUCUGGACCAGGCUGCGUUCAUGGCCUCGCCGGAAUGUCCAACGCCAUGGCUAACGCCUGGCCGAUGAUCAUGAUCUCUGGCUCGUGCGAUCAGAAAGAUUUUGGCCGCGGUGACUUCCAAGAGCUUGAUCAAAUUGAAGCCGUGAAACCCUUUUCGAAGCUAUCCGUGAAAGCCAAAGACAUAAGGGAAAUCCCGGAGGCUGUGUUUCGAGUUCUCGAUUGCGCCGGUUCGGGUCGACCCGGCGGAUGUUAUUUGGAUCUCCCUUCUGAUGUGCUGCACCAGAGUAUUCCGGAAUCAGAAGCUGACGACCUCUUAGCUGCUGUGGCCGACAGUUUCGCCAAGCGAAAGUUGUUAGUGAGUUUGCCAAAUUCGGAGAUCGAGAAAGCCGUUUCUUUGCUUAGACACGCUGAGAGACCUUUGAUUGUUUGUGGGAAAGGAGCAGCUUUUGCUCGUGCGGAAGAACCAUUGAAGAAGCUCGUUGAGAGCACUGGAAUCCCAUUUCUUCCUACUCCAAUGGGUAAAGGUUUGUUGCCUGAUACUCACGAACUGGCAGCCACCGCUGCGAGGUCUCUUGCUAUAGGUAAGUGUGAUGUUGCCCUUGUUGUUGGUGCUAGGCUCAAUUGGUUGUUGCACUUUGGAGAACCUCCUAAGUGGUCUAAAGACGUCAAGUUUAUUUUGGUUGAUAUCUCUGAGGAAGAGAUUGAGUUGAGGAAACCCUAUCUGGGAUUGGUCGGAGAUGCCAAAAGGGUGUUAGAAAUGAUCAAUAAAGAGAUCAAAGAUGACCCAUUUUGUUAUGGGAGGAAUCAUCCAUGGGUGGAAGCCAUAGCUAAGAAGACUAAAGAUAAUGUGUUAAAGAUGGAGGUUCAAUUGGCUAAGGACAUUGUGCCAUUCAAUUUUAUGACUCCAAUGAGAAUUAUUAGAGAUGCAAUCUUGGGAUUGGGUAGCCCUGCUCCUGUUUUGGUCUCGGAGGGGGCCAACACUAUGGAUAUAGGACGAGCUGUUUUGGUUCAGACGGAGCCCAGGACCAGGUUGGACGCUGGGACAUGGGGCACAAUGGGAGUUGGUCUGGGUUACUGUAUUGCAGCUGCUGUGGCCUCGCCUGAUAGGCUUGUUGUUGCGGUUGAAGGGGAUUCUGGGUUUGGGUUCAGUGCCAUGGAAGUUGAGACAUUGGUUCGAUAUCAGCUGCCUGUUGUUGUCAUUGUCUUUAACAAUGGUGGAGUUUAUGGCGGUGAUAGAAGGAACCCUGAAGAAAUUAGUGGCCCUUACAAAGAUGAUCCAGCACCCACAUCCUUUGUACCUAGUGCAGGAUACCACACUCUAAUUGAAGCCUUUGGAGGGAAGGGUUAUCUUGUUGCGACUCCGGAAGAACUAAAAUCUGCUCUUUCGGACUCAUUCUCUGCUCGUAAACCAGCUGUUAUAAAUGUUAUAAUCGAUCCAUUCGCUGGUGCAGAGAGCGGAAGACUUCAACACAAGAAUUAGUUCAUCAUUGUUGUCUAUUCUUAUUUUCUGCCCUCCAAGUUGGUUUGGCAUGCCGAUUUGAUAAUAAAUAAUAGAGUUGUGCACAUUUAUGUUCAUAUUAUAUAAUAUAAGCCUAUAAGAUAUCAUUUCAA